GUAAAACAGACGUUAGCUUCACAGGUCUGUCUGCCUGUCUAAAAUCGAUAAGUGAUUGGUUUUCCAGCAGCUUUGGGAAAUUGUGGGUCUCGAUACCGUGCCCACCUAAAGGGGUUCGUCAUGGCCUUGAAAAGAAGACGGGCGAUGUCCCCUUCUAGCAGUGUGAGUGGAGGAGAUUUUGACGAUAGCCAGACUUCGUUAGUGUCUUCAAUUGGGAGAAAGAGGAGAAGGACCUCAAACAUUCCAACUGUGGAUCCUAUUGCUGUGUGCCAUGAGCUGUAUAACACAAUCAGAGAUUACAAGGAUGACCACGGCAGGAUGCUGUGCGAGCUGUUCAUCAGAGCCCCCAAACGAAGGAAUCAGCCAGACUAUUACCAUGUGGUGUCUCAGCCCAUUGACAUGAUGAAGAUCCAGCAAAAAUUAAAGAUGGAGGAGUACGACGAUGUCGAUCAACUAACUAAUGACUUUCAGCUUUUGUUCAACAAUGCAAAGACUUAUUAUAAGUCGGAUAGUCCUGAAUACAGAGCAGCCUGUAAGCUGUGGGACCUCUACCUGAGAACAAAGAAUGAGUUUGUUCAACGAGGUGAAUACGACGAUGAUGAUGAAGAUGGGUACGAUGCACAAGAGAACCCUGGAGGCUCCACUGAAGAUGAGAGUGCAUCAGCGUGUUUGAAAGAAGUUCUUGAACAGCUCCUUGAUGCUGUUGUAUCAUAUACUGAGCCAAGUGGUCGUCUGGUCAGCGAACUCUUCCAGAAGCUUCCAUCCAAAAUGCAAUAUCCAGAUUAUUAUGCCGUCAUUAAAGAACCGAUAGAUCUGAAAAUCAUUGCCCAGAAAAUCCAGCUGGGCAAUUAUCGGAGUGUCAGUGCCAUGGCUAAAGAUGUAGACCUGAUGGUGAAGAAUGCAAGAACCUACAACGAGCCUGGUUCCCAAGUUUUUAAGGAUGCCAACACUAUUAAAAAGGUCUUUGCACAAAAGAAAUCAGAGAUGGAACAUGGAGAGCCGAUCAAGUCCAGCAUCCGCAUCAGGUAAUGAAGCAUCGACUCAUGCUGGUGUUAGGAUGUUAUUUGAGUUGAUCUGUGCUGUUUAACAUUUUCUGACUUUGAUAGGAAUAAAAGGUCUGUCCAAGGAGAUCGCCUCUCCGCCAUCACUAUGGCUCUUCAGUAUGAAAGUGAUGACGAAGGCAUACUUUCUGGCACUGUUCACUAUUAUGAGGGUGAAUCUGAAGCAGAGAGUAUGACAUCGAACAUGGACAUGAGUAAUCCCAUCUUCCAGCUUUAUGAAGCUGUGCGAGGAGCCAGGAACAGUCAGGGCCAGUUGAUCUCUGAGCCCUUCCUGCAGCUGCCCUCCAGGAAGGACUACCCUGACUAUUACCAGCAGAUCACUCAGCCGCUCUGCCUUCAUCAGAUCAAGAACAAGAUGAAGAACAAUGAGUAUGAGAGCGUUGAGCAUAUUGACUCAGAUCUGACGUUGAUGUUUGAGAAUGCCAAACGCUACAAUAUUCCUCACUCUUCCAUCUAUAAGCGGGUGCUCAAGCUUCAGCACAUCCAGCAGAUGAAGAGAAAGGAGCUUUUACAGAGAGCCGAUGAUGAUGGUGACAGCAUGCUCUCCUCUGCCACCUCUGACACCAGCAGCACAAAAAGAAAAAGCCACAAGAAGAAUACGAAGAAAAACCGAAUGAAAGCUCUUCUAGCCUCAGUUAGUGAAGCGCGAGAAGCCGGUACCGGCCGUAGACUCUGUGACCUCUUCAUGCUGAAGCCAUCUAAGAAGGACUACCCUGAUUACUACAAAGUCAUCCUGGAACCUAUGGACCUCAGAACCAUCGACCAGAACAUCCGCUCAGACAGGUAUAUGACGGAGGAUGCAAUGGUGGAAGAUAUGAAGCUGAUGUUCCGGAAUGCCAGACAUUAUAAUGAAGAAGGCUCCCAGGUCUACAACGAUGCAGACAUCCUUGAGAAGAUCAUGGAAGACAGACGCAGAGAUCUUGGGCCAGCAACUGACGAUGAUGAUAUUAUGUCUCCAAAAUUAAAAAUAAGAAAGAACAGCCUCUCUCUUAAAAAGUCCAAGUAUUUGACACCCUUACAGCAGAAACUAAAUGAGCUUUACGAAGCUGUAAAAAACUACACAGAUAAACGAGGCCGUCGGCUCAGCACAAUUUUCUUGCGGCUUCCAUCCCGUGCCGAGCUGCCAGAUUACUACAUCGCCAUCAAGAAACCUGUAGAUAUGGAAAAGAUCAAGAGUCACAUGGUGGCUAACAAGUACCAGGACGUGGAUGCACUUGUUGAAGACUUUGUGCUCAUGUUCAAUAAUGCCUGCACCUACAAUGAGCCUGAGUCCUUGAUUUACCGCGACGCUCUGUUGCUGCACAGAGUGUUGUUAGAGACAAGGCGUGAACUGGAAGGAGGAGAGGAGAAUCAUAUUCCUGAUGUGCCCCGCCUCAUCCAGGAACUCAUCCGGAGUCUCUUUGUGUCUGUGCUUGGUCAUCAAGAUGAUGAAGGGCGUUGUUACAGCGAUUCUCUUGCAGAGAUUCCUGCUGAAGAUCUAGCAAACCCAGAGAAACUAGCGCUCAAUUUUGAGAUCAUUAGGAAAAAUGUGGAAAAGGGCCGUUACAAGAGGUUGGAUGUGUUUCAGGACCAUAUGUUUGACGUUCUGGAAAAGGCCAGGCGUUUAAAUAGGACAGACUCAGAGAUCUUUGAAGAUGCAGUGGAGCUGCAGCAGUUUUUCAUCCGUAUCAGAGAUGAACUUUGUAAAAAUGGAGAGAUCCUGAUGUCCCCUGCCCUUAGUUACACUUCCAAGCAUUUGCAUAGCGAUGUGGAAAAGGAGAAGAAGGAAAAGCUUCCCAAAGAGAUGGAGGAGGACAAAAUCAAGAGAGAGGAGGAGAAAAGGGAGGCAGAAAAGAGGGAAGACUUUGUUGGAGGCUCAUGGCAAGUUCAGCGUACGUACAGUCAGGAUUGCAGCUUUAAGGACAGCAUGUACCAUGUGGGAGACUAUGUUUAUGUGGAGCCUGCAGAGCCCAACCUCCAGCCGCAUAUAAUUUACAUUGAACGCCUUUGGGAAGAUGACACAGGGGAGAAGUGGCUGUAUGGCUGCUGGUUCUACAGGCCCAAUGAGACAUUUCAUCUCGCAACAAGAAAAUUCUUGGAGAAAGAAGUUUUUAAGAGCGACUAUUACAACAAAGCGCCCAUCAGCAAAAUUCUGGGGAAGUGUGUGGUUAUGUUUGUGAAGGAAUACUUUAAGCUUUCCCCAGAAGGAUUCAGGCCAGAGGAUGUCUUCGUCUGCGAGUCUCGCUACUCUGCCAAGUCCAAGUCCUUCAAGAAGAUCAAGAUGUGGGCCAUGCCCCUCAGCUCGGUUCGAUUUGUUCCCAGAGACGUACCCCUUCCUGUUGUCCGAGUGGCGUCCAUGUUUGUCACCAAACAAGAUGACAAGCCACCAGAGAUUAUAGAUGAAAGCAAAAUUACAGAUUGUAUCAUUGACAAAGAGAGGGAGGAUGUUCCACUGGAUGUGACCAACGGAGAACCAGGCUGUCAGUACUAUGAGCAGCUCUGUUAUAACAACCUGUGGCUCAAAGUGGGAGACUGUGUUUACAUUGCUUCUCAUGGGCUAGUGCGCCACCGUGUUGGCAGAAUUGAGAAGAUGUGGAUGCGAGAUGAAGCAGGCUACUUCUUUGGCCCCAUCUUCAUCCAUCCUGAAGAGACAGAGCAUGAACCUACUAAGAUGUUCUACAAGAAGGAAAUGUUCCUCAGCAACUUGGAGGAGGCUUGCCCCAUGACCUGCAUCAUAGGAAAGUGCAUUGUGGCGUCAUUCAAAGAAUACUUGUCAUGUCGGCCCACUGAAGUGCCUGAAGAGAACGUUCUCCUCUGUGAGAGUCGCUACAUUGAGAGUGAAAAACAGAUGAAGAAGUUUAAGGGCCUUAAGCGUUUUUCCCUCUCUGGGAAAGUGGUAGAAGAUGAAAUCUACUAUUUUAGGAAACUCAUAGUUCCCCAGAAAGAACCAUCACCUCUACUGGACAGGAAAAUUGAGGAGCUUGAGGCUAAAUUUGCUGACAUGACAGAUGAAGAGCUAGAGGAUCUUGGGGAUGAUGAUGGCGAGCUGGGGGAUCAUUCCCUUCCUCGGAUGCAGUCUUCUAUGAAUAUUGACAUGGAUAUCAUGUCAUAUACCCCUCCACAGUCAACUCCUAAAUCCAUGAAGGGGCUUGUAAAGAAAGAGGCUUCGAAACGGAAAAUCAACAUGAGUGGUUACAUCCUGUUCAGCAGUGAGAUGCGAGCUGUCAUCAAAGCUCAGCACCCAGACUUCUCCUUUGGGGAUUUAAGCCGUCUUGUUGGUACAGAGUGGAGGAACCUGGACAGCUCCAGGAAAGCAGAGUAUGAAGAGCGAGCAGCUAAAGUGGCCGAGCAACAGGAACGUGACAGGGGCCAUCAUCAGACAUCCCCAAGAGCAGGUACCCCAGUAGGGGCACUGAUGGGGGUAGCGCCUCCCUCCACCCCUAUGGGGAUGCUAAAUCCCAGCAUGACACCUGUGUCAGGUAUGAUGGGUGUAUAUAGGACAGCUAUGAUGGGCCAUAUUGAAGGCAUGGUUAGUAUGGCUGAUAUACCACCACAUCACAUUGGGAUGCCUGUCUCCCCCCAUCAUGUACUGCCCCUUAUUCCUGAGCUCCACGGAAUGCAGUCCUUUGGUGUUACUGGCACGGGAAUUGGGGGAGCAGCAGGAAAUGUUCACGGAUCACAGGUGGUGGGCUCGGGGCAGCAGGCCCCUCCUCCAUACCCAGGCCAAAGCCAUCUUGGACCAACAGCAGUACACCAGCCCUCAACACCGAUGUUUGUGUCUCCUCCUGCCAAAUCUCAGCGGCUGCUGCACUCCGAGACAUAUCUCAGAUACAUUGAGGGACUCAAUGCUGAAUCGUCUACAGUCAGCAAAUGGGACCAUGCACUCACAGUGAAAAAACAAGAUGUACGUCUAUCAAAGGAGCAAGAAAGCAAGUUACCGUCUCACUGGCUUAAGAGCAAGGGGGCCCACAAGACCAUGGCAGAUGCACUUUGGCGGCUUCGUGACCUGAUGCUGCGAGACACACUAAACAUCCGUCAGAUGCACAACCUGUAGAAUGUGGAUAUCCUGAGCCUCUGUUCCCAAAACAGUGUAACAGAGAAAAAAAAUUGAGCUCACUAAAAGUCUUUAAGUUGUUAUGAAAGAAGUAUUGUUUGUGUUCAUACCAGGAGCUUUCUGUUGUAAAGCGGCCUUUUGUUUGUCAUUUCAUAUAUCAUUUCAUUCCUAGUAUAUAAUUAAGACUUUUCAUCUGUGAUGAAGGUUGUAUUGUUCUGAUUUCACAAUAAAAAAGUGAAGAGUUAA